CCCCCCCGCAACUCGGGCCACCGCGGAUGAUCCGCUGUGGAGGAGCCCUGGGCAGACGAUGGAACUGCACAUUCUGGAACACCGGCUGCAAGUUGCCAGCGUCGCCAAGGAGAGUAUCCCGCUCUUCACCUACGGCCUCAUCAAACUUGCCUUCCUGUCUUCCAAGACCAGGUGCAAGUUUUUCAGUCUGACAGAGACCCCUGAGGACUACACCAUCAUCGUGGAUGAGGAAGGUUUCCUUGAGCUGCCUUCUUCCGAGCACCUGAGUGUGGCAGAUGCCACCUGGCUGGCCCUGAAUGUAGUGUCUGGUGGCGGCAGCUUCUCCAGCUCCCAACCCAUCGGUGUGACGAAGAUCGCCAAGUCUGUCAUCGCCCCGCUGGCAGACCAGAACAUCUCCGUGUUUAUGCUGUCCACCUAUCAGACUGACUUCAUCCUGGUGCGCGAGCGUGACCUGCCCUUCGUCACUCACACCUUGUCCUCGGAGUUCACCAUUCUUCGGGUUGUCAAUGGAGAAACGGUAGCAGCCGAGAAUCUCAGCAUCACCAAUGGCUUUGUGAAGCCCAAGAUGGUCAAGAGGCCAGUCAUCCACCCGUUAUCCAGCCCUAGCAACAGGUUCUGUGUCACCAGCCUGGACCCCGACACGCUGCCCGCCGUCGCCACGCUUCUCAUGGAUGUGAUGUUCUACUCCAAUGGAGUGAAGGACCCCAUGGCUGCCAGUGACGACUGUGGCCACAUCCGCUUCUUCUCCUUCUCACUCAUUGAGGGCUACAUCUCACUGGUGAUGGAUGUACAAACCCAGCAGAGGUUCCCGAGUCACUUGCUAUUCACGAGUGCAUCUGGAGAGCUCUGGAAGAUGGUGCGGAUAGGAGGACAGCCCCUUGGAUUUGACGAGUGUGGAAUUGUAGCCCAGAUCUCUGAGCCCUUGGCAGCUGCAGACAUCCCGGCAUACUACAUCAGUACUUUCAAGUUCGACCAUGCACUGGUUCCAGAAGAGAACAUCAGCGGGGUUAUCCAUGCCCUGAAGGUCAGUCAAGGAGGGAAGCAUUAGGAAAGGCUCAUCUCUGGGCUCCUCCUAGCUGCAGUCCACUUGGCCCUUUCCCCCCACGAAGGUUAUUCUCGCAGUAUUUCCCUACGGACUGAAAGAUCGGCCCUGGGACCCGACGGAAAGGGCAUCUGGGACACACCCCUGGUUCCUGACUCCUCCAGGCCUGGACCCAAACCAAGGCCACCCCCACAUCCACCUCCAGCCUUCCAGAAUCCCCAGCCUUUUCAAUAAUGACUCGGUUUCCCCCCAGUGGGGGCGUGCCCAUCUUCCUCCCCCAAGUUCCACCCCAGAAUGUGCUCUCUGAGGCCCAGGGGGCUUGGAGAGAGCCCAAGGCCUCACAUACACCCCCCAGCAAACACCAAAGGAAGCUGGCACCGCCCACAAGACGUUGGGAUUGGGGUCCUGAUGCACCAAGGGACAUCUUAGGAAGUCGGUGCCACAAGAGUGGGUGUACAGAGCUGAGGAAGCCCCCGUGAGGAACCCCUCAGGAUGAAUGGUAUGGUUGCUGCUCUAAUCUCAGAGGCUCAGGGGCUGGUUCCCUCAGGACGGAGGCCAGCAGGUCACCCUCAGGUCAUAAUGGUCAGUGAGCCUUGGACAGUGGCAGUGGGCCCCCUACCACCAAGCCUGAGGGAAACAACCCAAGACCCUAGACCCCACCUGCUGACCACGCGGGGCCUGUGUUGAUUCCCACUACGACUGCCAAGAGGGAUCCUGGAUCACCCUCCACCAAGAGCCACCUUGGAGGAGGACAGAAUCCAAGGACCCCUCCUUUCCCACCAGCCUAGAGCACCAGCUUCUAUCUGUCCCUUGUUCGCUCUGCCUGGACCCAACACGGGCAAGCAAAGACUCCGUUCGCUCCCAGCAAUGGACAGCCCCACCAGCCCAGGCCUGGAGUGCCUUGGGCCAUGUCCACCUCCCCAGCUGUCACUUAGACCAGCCUAGAGUUUCCCCCUUCAUCUCUCUACCCCACUCGGAGGGGACAAAGAGGCCUUGGCCCCCAGCUCACAUACCUGCCUGAAGUAACUCAGCAGUCUGUGACCAUGGUGAUAGCUAGGAGGCAGCUGUCAUGAGCAUUUGGAGAGAAAAAAGUCACACUUGGGGUUUUUUAUUCAGUUGUUUGCAUACAGGUGGCUGGGGGAGGAGUGGUUUUGUUUGAAGGACACGGGGCCUGCUUGAGUCUUACAAGGGUGCCCAGCAUUCAGCAGCACCUAGCAGCACCCUGUUUCUCCUGGACAGACGCAAAUGCAAGGAUGGAUCCUAAGAAUCUUGGCCUUGUCUUCUGAGGAGAGUGAUUGGGAGCAGAGUUCUGGCACAAGACACCAGGACCCCCAUAGUAUCCUCUGCAGGGCACCCCAGUAAGAGCAGUAAGAGCGCCCGAGAGUGAUACCAUAAGCUAGGACUACAGGGUCCACCAGACUUAGGCUCUUGGGGUGUUUUCUCGGGCCUGUAGUAUGCUGUCUCCAACAAGGUCAGAGAAGGGAAUGUGUGUUUAACCCUGCACAGGUCUCAGUAUGAACUGCGUUUCUCCCUUCUCUGGGCUACAGGAGCAUACCCAGGUGGAGGACCUACUCUAGAACCCUGUAGAAGCUCAGAACCCAGCAUGCUACUCAAAAUGACCUCUGGUGGGGUUUGGGUUUUUUUUUUUUUUUUUUUUUUUUUUUUGCUUGUUUUGUUUUUGGAUUCCGUUUUCACAAAACAACCAAAUCUUGUCCAAUUGUUCUCUGCUCCCAAAAGGGAAAUGGCCAAGUAGACAGGGCCAUAGUGAGGCCCCUGAGUCCCCUUCUUCUCAUCCUCCGAGGCCUUGAUUGUCCAGGGCGCACCUCUAUAAUCCCUUUGGUCCCGCCUUCCAGGUAUCCCUUUCCACUGUGUAAGUGUGCUGACCCUAUGUCCCCUGCCCCAGAGUUGUGUGGCCCCUAGACUUGCUAGGAUGAAACUGUGUAUUGUACACACCUAUAAAUACGUGUUUUAUGUUCAUAGAGAUAUAUUCUGUAAAUAGCAUAUAUUACUUGAGCAAUAUAUAUGUUAAUAUAUUCUGUGUGCGCAGGACACGGGCAAGGACCCCACCUCAUGUGUGCACACAUGGGGACAUUUUGAGCCACCAUAGAUUUUUAAUUUGAAUAUGUAGGCAAUACAGUGAUUGGAAAAGCCCUGGGGUCCAGGAGGCCAGCCUGGAGGGGAGACAAAACCACCAGCCUACUGCAUCUGGGACAGGUUUAGAGGGCCAGCAUUGUCCGCUUCGUAGCUACUGCACCCCAUUCCCACAGCCUAGAGCUCUGGAUGCUCUUACUUUAUUUGGGAGAACGUUGAUCCAGAAGGGGAAUUGGAUUUUUUUUUUUAAUUCUUUGCAUUUUUGACAGUGGCUCCCUCCCUCAGGGUUACUCCAAAAUCUUUGUCUGGUGAACCCCUUGUAUUCUAACCUCCCUCCCAGAGUCCCCUCUCUCUAGGAAGCUGUAGGCCUGGCAUCUUAGCUGAUUUCUUGUCGUUGUGUUAUUUGUUUUCUUGAGGCAGGGUCUCUUUUAUAGCCCUGACUGUCCUGGAACUCCCUGUGUAGAUCGGAGUGGCCUUGAAUUUAUAGAAAGCUGCCUGCCUCUGCCUCCUGAGUGCUGGCAUUAAAGGCGUGCCACCACACCUAGGUGAUUUGUUUUUUUCUUAACUCCCGCUAGUUUAGGAAUCUCAGGUUCUCUUCCCUGCUUUCUUCCUAGGGCUGACUCCACAGGCAUCAAAACAACACAUAUCUUGCCAUCGGGCGAGGAGCUAGGGCCUAGGUUCUGCCUACCAGCCUUCCAGAGACCCCACCACCACCACUAUUUAGCUACAGUGGGUCCUUUCAAGGAAGCUGGGUCUCUGUGUUCUGUGGGUGGGACUGGCGUGACAGUGUCUGCAGCUCUGGGGGAUGUGACAUUGAGCUCUACUCUUGUGUCUUCAGUGCUGUCUGCCCACUUCUUGGCAUCUCCUGGUUUUAUAGAUGUGGAGGUCACUCCACCCCCUGCUGGCCCAGCCUCAGAGGUGACCCAAGUGGCAUGCCAGUUAGCAGUCAAGGUUCCCUAUGGGGAUUUUGUUUGUGUUUUCCUGCAGCGCUGAGGAUUGUGGACAGGGCCUAGUACGUUGGAGGCAAGUACUCGGCUGAGCGGCUCCCAGCUCCUAGCAGCGGAAGGAAAAUGGGCUGUUGUAAAGUAUUGGGAGACACAGACAGACCCCCUAGGCAGGGUUACGGGAUCGUGGGCUCCAGGGGUUUGUGUCUGCCUGAAAGACUAGAAAAGCUCAGAGCGGGGUAUGGCUCGGUGGACAGUGAGACAGUGCUUGCCCAGCAUGCAGGAGAUGGAAGCAGAUCACAAGUUAAGGCCAGCCUGGGCUACAUGAGACCCUGUCUCAGAAAAAAAAAAUGCCAAAUUUCACCUGUAUAUUUGACUACCUGUCCACUACAGGCUAAUGAAACCAUCCAGUGUCCCCAUUGACAAAGCCCCCUCCCUAACUACGGCUCAGCCCCACAGCCCGCUUCCCAAGAAAUCUGCUUCUCCCCCAGACCCCAGCAGCAUUGCCAACUAUAUACUCCCUUCCUCCACAGGGUGUCUGAAGACACACAUGCACGCACGCACGCAUGCUCGCAGUCCUGGCCCCGUGAAACGUGCUUCUCCAACCCUCCUUGGAGGAUCAGCAUUGAGCUGCAGACCACUGGCUCCUAGUGCAAUGGGCGGGUUCUAGUGACCUGGUUCAGUCUGCUGUCUGUCAGGCAGUGUCUGAGGUGGCUCCCCUGUGGCAUGAUGGAUGAUGGAAGGAACUGUGGAAGUCAGAAGAUGCUCAGGCAGGUGGGAAGGAGCUAGCGCCUGUGCACGGCCAGCCAGCCCCGUGUCUGGUACAGGAUCGUCAAAGAUCUGAGCCACCUGCUGCCAGCCCCUCCCUGCCACAUUUCCCAGGCUGACCUUUAAAAGUCCCCAGCCACCCUUGGAGUGUGCGCCAGAGCCUCUGAUUGGAUGUGGGAACAACACAGGCUCUUCUUGGCUAAGGCAAUGACAAAGGGAGUGGAAAGGAGGAAGUGUCCGUUUUGACUCUGAGUUUGAUGGGAUUCCUGCAGUCCGGUCCAUCGUGUUGGGGAAGGCUUGGCAGCAGGAGCGUGAGGCGGCUGGUCACAUGACAUCCACAGUCAGGAAGCAGCGAGAGAUGGAUGCUGGUGCUCAGCUCACUUCUUUCUAUUCAGGGUAGGCUUUCCCACCUCAGUUAAUCCAGACUCCCUGACAGACUUAAGCAGAGGUUUGUCUUGUAGGUGGUUCUAGAUCCUGGCGGCAUGACUAUUGAGCACCACAGGACACCCUUCUGUGUUCCUUCUGUGAGCAGUUGGGGAACCAUAGGUGGGGUCAGCACUUGGCUUGGUGAGGGGAGCCUGGAUGAGAAAUAGAGAGGGCUCUCCAACAGGGAUGGGAUAUAGCUUUGAGGGGUUUUGGGUUUUUUGGUUUUGUUUUUUGUUUUUUAGAGACAGGGUUUCUCUGGCUGUCCUCGAACUCUCUGUAGACCAGGCUGACCUCAAACUCCGAGGUCCAUCUCCUGAGUGCCGGGAUUAAAAGUCUGCGUCACCACCCCCUGGCUUAGCUUUGAGUUUGCAAGUGGUGGUCUUUGUGCUGAGGGUCAGAGUAUAGCUUGGAAGGAUGGCAGACCUCCAUUUUGACAUCCAAGAGAUGGCCAACAGCCGAUCAGCAUUGCUUUGUUGCAUGGAGUAGAGCUAACUUGACAGACCUAACCUUUUCAUACAUCUCUGCUUUCUUUUCAUGUCUAUUCCCUAAUUUGAAGCAACAGAAGGACACAUUUAGCUGGUCCCAGGGUGACCUCCACCCUCCCCACAAAAGCUACUCAACUGGGGGAAGGGGAGCUGAGGGCACCGUGGCACAAGGCCACGGCGCUUGUGAGCAUCAAUUUGGUGGUGAUGGUUUGUGGCACCUGGUAGAAGAGCAGGGAAUCUGGGAGUCAAAAGUGCAGGGUGGCUCCGUCCUGUGUGUCAGGAGGCGUUCUGUGUGGUUAUAUUUACAUGUGUGUGUAUGUGUGUGUAUCUGUAUUAGGCAUGAGUGUGUGCACACAUGUGCAGAGCCUAUCUCAGAGCUGCGAGCUGUUUUAUGCAGUGUUUGGCCCUUCAGCCCGGCCCAGUGCCACACAGAGUUAACCAGAUUGUGGGGGCGGGUGGGAGAGAUGGGGUAGAGCGUGGGGUUUGCCCUGAUUGGAUAGGCUCCUUCCCCUAUUGUCUGCAUCCCCAGGGAAGACUCUGCCCUCAGAGACCGCAGAGUCCAUGCAGGCAGCCUGAGCUGGCCCAGGCCCACCCAUGUCACUCUGUAGAGGUUUCAAUUCUGAAGACAGUAUUCACAGGAAGGGGGGCUGGAGACAAGAGGACCCCUCGCUUACCAGGAACUCAUCUUGGAAAGGGGUCCACAAAGCUAGAGGCCCCAGCAAUAGGCAAAAAUUCAGGUCUCCACGGGGCAGAGCCUAGCAUGGCUUCCCUUUCUACUGCCUCAGUUUACCUGUAUCACAGGAAGAGUGAGAGCAGGGUCAGCCCCCAAACAGUAGGGAGAGGAAUGCGCGACCAGAGCUCUCCCAGCCCUCCUCUUGUAUGCCAAAAUCAUUUCCGUUAUCCUGAGGCAGGGGAGCGGGUGUGGGUGCCCUGCCCGCAGCCCCAGCUGACCCUCACCUGGCAUGUUGUGCCCAGGUCACCAGCAACACUGGGACUUCACUAGUCCAGCAGCUUGAGUGAGGGGAGGACUGGAGUCCGACUCUCUUCACCUCCAGGGCCUUCAUGCUUUCGUUUUGUCAAAGAAACAAAACCCUUGAGAGUUGUGUACUGUAUGAUGGAGAGAAAAAAAAAAGUACCUAAUGUUCCCCCUUAAAAAAAAAAAAAGACAGUAUAUUUUGUACUUUGUAAAGUGUUCAUUAAAUGAAGGGGAAAAAAGAUGA